GCCGGCGGGGGCGGGGACUCCUCCCCCGGCAGCUGCGAGGAGGGGAUCCGGGCGGCGGCCGCCGUCGUCUGCUGCCUGCCAGGACGCCCUGCCGCGGGAUCGGGGCCCGGGGAGGGGCGCUCCCGGCCUCUGUUCCUGAUGAAAGACACUUUUCAAGGAUGGACUACAUAAGUGAGAACUACCCGGUCCCUUGUGGGCACGACAAGUACAUUUCGAAAAAUGAACUGUUGUUGCACUUGAAGACCUACAACCUCUACUAUGAAGGCCAGAACUUGCAGCUCCGGCAUCGAGAGGAAGAAGGGGAGUUCAUCGUGGAGGGCUUACUGAACAUCUCCUGGGGUCUGCGCAGGCCCAUUCGCUUGCAAAUGCAGGACGACAACCAGCGCAUCCGCCCCCCGCCUUCGUCAUCCUCCUGGCAUUCCGGCUGCAACCUGGGAGCACACGGGUCAGUUAUAAAGCCGUCAACCUUACCAGACAUUCAGGUCACGGAAGCUGAGCCCUCGUUGGAUGGGGACGGAAUUGAUGGGGGAAUUGAUGACAACGAUCUCAAAGCCCAGCAAGAAGAAGCACCGCAGCUGAUGCGGACACGGAGCGAUGUGGGCAUGCGCCGCAGGGGGACUCUCCGCACCCCGAGUGAGCAGCGGAGGAUCAGGAGGCACCGCUUCUCCAUCAACGGGCAUUUCUACAACCACAAAACAUCGGUUUUCACACCCGCCUACGGCUCCAUCACGAAUGUCCGCAUCAACAGCACCAUGACGACGCCUCAAGUUCUCAAACUUCUGCUUAACAAGUUCAAGAUUGAGAACUCAGCAGAGGAAUUCGCCUUGUACAUUGUUCACACCAGUGGAGAAAAGCAGAAGUUAAAGGUGACAGAUUACCCGCUGAUCGCUCGGAUUCUGCAGGGACCCUGUGAACAAGUUUCCAAGGUGUUCUUGAUGGAAAAGGACCAGGUGGAAGAAGUCACUUACGACGUUGCUCAAUAUAUCAAGUUUGAAAUGCCCGUCCUGAAAAGCUUCAUUCAGAAACUCAAAGAGGAAGAAGAUCGCGAAGUCAAGAAACUAAAACACAAGUAUUCUGUCCUGCGUGUAAUGAUUGAGCAACGAUUAGAAGAGAUCUCCGAAGGCCCGGCCACAAUGUGAAGCCUUUGCCCUUGGGCGGACUUUGCUGCCACUGCCGGGGGCCCCAGAAGAGCCACGUCUUGGAGAAGAUUUGGAGACGAGCAAAGGCGGCUCUUCCUUUCUGGAGCAGAACUUGAAGACAGAACCCACCUUGACCAACUGUCUUUUCUUUUCUCCAAACUUUCCUGGAGAUCAACUCAGCGGAGCCUCUCUCUUUAGCGGCAGGAGACCUUUUGAGCACUGCUUGCUGGGGACAAACAAGGCAGCCACCAAAGCCUUUGCCUCUUGGCCGGCCUGGACCCAGUGGACCUUCUUGCCUCUCCAGCCGGGUGAUUCUGAAGUUCUGUUGCUGCUGGGGGCAUCCUCUUUGCAUGCCACCAAAACGCCGCUUUAACCUUCCAAGCAAAUUCUGGCUUUGCGGUGGCAAGUCAGGGCCAGAGGAGGAAGUCUCCUCCCUUUUUUUCUCUUUUGGUCAUUUCUGAGCUCUAAGUAAAAUAUUCAGAUUUUCUCUCCCCCCACUGGGAGGGCCUAGUCUUAGUCCUACCUGCCCUUUCUCAUCCACCCAGCCACCCAUUUCUGUGUCCUCUCCCUCUUGCUCUCCCCCAUGUUUUUAAGCUGGGCUCUCACAGACCCACAGGAUUCAGGCGCAACCUCCUCUGCACACACCCUGUUGGAUUGCAGCCUUGGCUGCUCCUUUCUCCCUGCUGCUCAGGCAGCAAAGUCGCCCGGGGCAGCUUGGCCUGGCUAAAGCCCCUUCCAGGUGUCCCUCUUCCUCCUGGUUCCAUGGGGUCUUUGAGAUGCGGAGAGGUGGCCAAGUUUUCAUCUUGGCCCAGGUAAGGAGUGCCCAAAACUGGUUGGGCUUGCCUGUGGCUGAGGAAGUCAGUGUACAGCUACCUUCCCUGUAUGGUGCCAAGGUGGGGGCAUCUGGGAUCGGGCCCCUUGGAUGCCCUGAAGACAAGGGGCCACUGUAGACCCAGGCAGCACCACUUUUCGGAGACUCUUUGGCUGAGCUCUUUGAAUGGGCUGGUGGCCCCAGCUAUGCAGGCCAACAGUGCAAAUUCCCUUUGGUAAACCUUUUAUUUUUAAGGAUGGCUGUUAACCCUGUGUUGGCCUUGCUAUAUAUAGCAAUGGUGCAAAGUUCCAUCAGCUUUAAAAAUGCCUGGCUUACUCUCCCAUCCAAACAUAAAUAGACCCAAGAGCGAGUUGUGUAGGACCUUGCUGCAGAUCUUGGCCCUCCUACUUAAAUCCUAAAUGCAUUUGUUCUCCUUCCCCUCCACCCGUUGCAACUGUAGACGUGCCAUUUUCAAGAACCUCUCCCAGUGCUACAGAUAUGGAGGCCAAAUGCCCAGGAGGUUUUGCAGGAGAAGCUCUUGGGCUUUAAAGGAACAUCGGACGUUUCCCACCUUCCUUUGAUGUGGGUUUAAAAUGGCUGGGAAAUAAUUCCUCUGCAUAGGGGAGUAUGGCAAAAAUCAGCUGUGAGGGGAACAGUUUGAAGCAAAGAAGGGGGAAGGGUGUUUAACCCUCUCCCUGCCAACCACAUUCUGCCUCUAGUUUUCAUCCCUGAGAUGGUUUGCCUCCUGUUGGAUUCCAGGCCUGUUCUUACACUUGCAGAAAUGCUCCUGGAAACCCUCUGAAGGCAGGUCUUAGUUGAAGUGGGUCAGGAAAGGGUUAAGCAUCCUGUUCCCCCUCCCCCCACUUACUAAUGCAUUCCAAAAUAAUCUCCUCCCUCCUUGAGCUGCUUUGCACUAACAUAAGUGGCCAGCAGGUAUUAACAUGUAUUUAUGUGUAAUAUGUAGUCCUGCCCUUAGUGGCAUCAGUGGAACUUUUUUGAGAAAAGAAAUAAUAAUUCAGAAGGUUUCCUACUUAGCCCCUGCAUACCACCCCCCAAAAAGGAUUCUUUUCUAGUGUGUUGUCGCUUGAUGGGUCUGAAAUCCUGAGCAUAUUUAACACUCCCUGAGGAAGCCCCACCAAAAUUUCGUGGAACUUUCUCCUGGGUAAACCCACUGUGGAUGCAUCACCCUCUUUCUUGCUAGCUAACCCUUUAACAACUUUUCACUUCUAAAUUGCACUAGAUUGAUUGUGGAUAUUUUUUUAAGCUCCAGCCUUUUCUAUUAUUCUUUUAUUAUUAUCUAUAUGCCAAAUAUUACAUGCACAGGAAAAUAACAGCAAUAAUUUAUAUAAAUAAUAAUAAUAAUAAUUUUUGGGGGGAGGGAAAUGAUUCUAAAAUGAACCAGCACAUGAAAGCAGCCUACUUAUGAUGCGCUUGAAAACAAGCUCUGAACAGCACAAACAGAUUUGCAACGAUGAUUGUAGCCUGUGGGCUGGAUCCACGUUUAACUGUACUUGGAGAGUCCCACUGAAAUCGAUAGUACAGUACUUCAUUGGGUCAACUCUUAAGUAGGUCUAGGUCUGUGUCCAGCCCUGUACACCAGUGGUUCCCCCACUUUUUUGGGGGGGCACCUCUCCCUUGGUUCCAUAAACUCAACCCCAGUGACCCCUACCCUGUAAAAAGGAUUGUCCAGAAUAUCAGUUUGCGCCACCUGCUAAAGAAGAUAACUCAAAAUGGUAAAAAUUGCACAUUUACCCAUAAUCCAGUUAAAAGUAUUUAGUUUAAUUGAUUCAUCAGAAUUGAUGAACUUGAUCCGGUGAUACUAGCUCUUCAAUGGGGUAAAAAUAAUAAAAUAAUUAUUAUCAGGCA